AUGACUACCCAGACCAGCACAUGGACUGCCUACCCGUCUCCAUCGCACACCUCCGGCUCCUGGUCUAGCUCCAUCCCAGUCGUGCCAGUCAGCCAAAGCUCGCCAGUCAGCCCUGCUAUUGCUUCCACACCGGUCCCCACCUCGCAAGGUUCUUGCCCAUCAGCUGGCGCUGUAUGCCACUGCCCCGUCGUCCCAGUCCUAGGUACCGUGACCGUGACCAAGACAAUCUACAGCAGCAUGCAAGCUCAACCCACCACGACCAUCCCAGCCGGCCCCCAGACAACUGAAACGGUCACUGUCACUCUCGGCAACGGCAUGACUACCUGCAUCACAAUGACCUACCCCACCGGCCCAACGCCAGUCGGUCCUAGCAACGGAGGUCACGGUGGCCACGGCAGCUGGUCCCAGCCUUGGUACCCAGUCAGCGGCAGCACUACUUCCUCCGGCCCAGCACCAUCCGGCACUGGUGUCUCCAGCAAGCCGUCCGGCGCUUGGGGAACUGGCAGCAAGACUUCCAGUAUGCCUACUGGCUACCUCUUCGACUGCGAGCAGCUCAAGCUCGAGCAUCUGGUCUUCUACCUCUACUUCGACCAAGCCAGCUACCUCUUCCAGUGUGAGCACUUCCUCCAAAGCUACUCCAUCGUCCACCAGCGGCUUAAGCUCGACCGAGAGUUGGUGGGCUAA